UGUUUCCGUCAGGGCUUUACUGUUACGCACACACGUGAGAAACAGUGCUGUCCACACGUGAAGCUAGUGGAUGUUGUGAAUUCUUGUUACUCUAUUUAUUUGUCUAAUCCCCGUUCUGAAUUCGUUUACAAUGGUAGAAAUAGGUGAGGAUCCCCAGAUGGGAUUUGAGUCCGAGGAAGACGACGACGAAUUAUCCGACGGCGAGCUGCAAGAAGCUUUUUCCAAGGGUUUGCUCAAACCUGGACUGAAUGUUCCUCUGCUCGAGCCGAAGAAGGCCAUCAACAAUGUGGAGGGUCUUAAGAAAUGCCUGGCUGAGUUUAAGAAGAGCCUGCCGUGGGCUGAAAGGCUGGACCUCACUAAUUACCCAGCGGCUGACAUUGCUGCGCAAGCGGAGGGCAGAGCACAGCAAGCUGAAGGGAGCGAAGACGUCAGCGCAGAAGAUGACUUUCAGAGGGAGAUGUACUUUUACCGGCAGGCCCAAGCAACUGUUUUAGCAGCGCUGCCAAAGCUGCAAAAGUUCAAGAUUCCUACCAAGAGACCUGAGGAUUACUUUGCAGAGAUGGCCAAGACAGAUCAGCACAUGCAGAAGAUUAGGAAGAAGCUUCUUCUGAAGCAAGCUGCAAUGGAGAAGUCAGAAAAGGCCAAGAAGCUCAGAGAACAGAGGAAGUAUGGCAAAAAGGUUCAAACAGAGGUGAUUCAGAACAGGCAGAAACAGAAGAAAGCAAUGCUGACGGCUGUAAAGAAGUAUCAGAAAGGAAUGACAGAUAAAUUGGACUUCUUGGAAGGAGAUCAAGAUCAGAGACCGAAAGCAGCAGCAGCAAAAAAGCAAAUAAACAAAAAAGGUCCAAAUUCUAAGAAGAAAUACAAGGAUAAGAAGUUUGGCUUUGGGGGAAAGAAGAAGGGCACCAAAUGGAACACCAAAGACAGCCAUGACGACGUUUCAGGAUUCAAGGCCAAAAUGGCUCAUGGGAAAGGUGGGAAACAUUUCGGCAAAGGAGGCAAGACCAAUAAACGGCCAGGGAAGGAAUCACGGAGGAAAAUGAAGGCACGUAAAUGAGCUGUAUCACUCAAAAGAAUUGUGCCAUUAAAAAUACUUUUUUAAAAAUCUCUAUUUCCUGUUACUUGUUUGAUGUUGUGGCUUUGUUCUUUUCUUGACAGACACCUUUGUGUUUUCCCAAAAGACUUUAUUUUUAAUGUUUGUAUUAAAGGGUUAGUUCUUCAUCUACUCACCCUCGAAGCAUCCUAUGUGUAACUUUCUUCUUCCAGAAUAAUCCAGUCUAAGUUGUAUGAAAAAUUGUCCUCGCUCUUCCAAGCCUUACAGAUGUGCUCACAUUAUUUAAUGUCUUCUGAAUUGUUGACAACUGUUGAGAGUAAGGACAACUUUUAAUAUAACUCCGAUUGGAUUAUUCUGAAAUAAGAAGGUCACACACACCAAGGAUGCUUCGAGGGUGAGUAAAAGAUGGACGGAUUUUUAUUCACAGGAGAACUAACCCUUUGAGCAGUCCAGUGUUAACACCAUCAAUAAAACCAUUCAGGGUG